UCGACCCGGCACGGCACUGACCGGACGCCAUCAGUAUUGGACAUAAAAGCAAGACGCCCCAAAGAUCAGCUAUUUUUAUAUUAAACAUCAGCCAUUUUUCUAUUGGUUUUCAAUCCAGGAGGCAGGAGAGGGGGGCCCACCGUGUUGCGGCUUGUAUGUGCGUGCGUGUGUUGGAUCACGAUGAUGCAAAGUGCGGCGAUCCUCCCCACAGAGAGUCCCGUUAAGAGUUUACCGGACAUCCUGGGAGUGCCACUGCAACAGAUCCCUCAGUGUGCGGGCUGCAGUCAGCACAUCGUGGACAAGUUCAUCCUGAAGGUUCUGGACAGACAUUGGCACUCCAAGUGCCUCAAGUGCGCCGACUGUCACACACCGCUGGCCGACAAGUGCUUCUCUCGGGCGGGCAGCGUCUACUGCAAGGAGGAUUUCUUUAAGCGUUUUGGAACAAAAUGUGCAUCCUGCCAACAGGGAAUCCCUCCAACGCAGGUGGUGCGGAAGGCACAGGACUUUGUGUAUCACCUGCACUGCUUCGCCUGCAUCAUGUGCAGCAGGCAGCUGGCCACCGGGGAUGAGUUCUACCUCAUGGAGGAUGGCAGGCUGGUGUGCAAGGUGGACUACGAGACGGCCAAACAGAACGAUGAUUCUGAGGCAGGGACUAAGCGGCCGAGGACCACCAUCACGGCCAAGCAGCUGGAGACCCUCAAAAGUGCCUACAAGAACUCCCCAAAGCCGGCGCGACACGUCAGAGAGCAACUUUCAUCUGAAACAGGGCUGGACAUGAGAGUAGUACAGGUGUGGUUCCAGAACCGCCGAGCAAAAGAGAAACGUCUAAAAAAAGACGCAGGCCGCCAUCGCUGGACUCAGUUUUAUAAAAGUGUUAAACGCAGCCGAGGGGGGUCAAAGGUCGAGAAGGAGAGCUCGGCAGACGAUGCAGGACUCAGUGACAGUGAACUGAGCUUCAGAGAUGACCAGGUGUUGUCAGACCUGGGCCAAGGCAACGGCCUCUAUGGGAGCGUUGGCGACAUUACAAACAGUGCAGUCUUGAACGGCAGCUUCUCGGUGGACGCAGCUGGGCAACCGUACCACGACAUCCGCGCUGGAAGCCCCUACGGUCUCCCCCAGUCGCCCUCAUCCAUCGCCUCCUUGCCUGGUCACACCCCUCUCCUCAACAACCUGGCUUUCAGCAUGGACAGUCUGGGGGCGCAGGGCGGACCGGGCGGUGUGGGUCAAGCUCUGAGGGCCAUGGCAGGAGGCCCCACCUCAGACCUCUCUACAGGCAGCAGUACGGGAUACCCCGAUUUCCCCACCAGCCCCGCGUCCUGGCUGGAUGAGAUGGACCAUUCCCAGUUCUGAACCACUGUGAGGACAAAUUAGGACAGCCGACACACACACACAAGACUUUUUACAUGUUUCUAUCGUGUGAUGAAGAGGAAACAGCUGCUUAAGGAACCCCAACUAGUGUAUCAUACAAACUUCAUCUUGCUCAUUCUACACUUCUCAACAACGUCAGGGCUAAAGUGUUGAUCCGGAGGCGCCUUGCAUGCUUCUGACCGAUCAUGACGAGCCUUUUUACGUUGACGACGCACUUUACUCUCCUCACCACUUCCUGCACACGAGGACACAAACGCAGAAUUAGAUAAAGGGAAGAAAAAAAAUACAAAAGGGAGACGUAUGCACAAGGCUGAAACAGUGUUGCAUUGGGAGAGAAUUUUACAAGAACUGUGGCACAAGUGUUUAUUUAAAAAAAACAAACAAAAAAAACUACAGACAGUUUUUCUAUUAGGAAGUCCAUGAUUGGCCCGUCCAUGAGCGCUGAUGUUUUUCAUCCGUCUCUUGUGUAUUUAUGGGUGCUCGACUUGUUCUUGUCUGUGUAACACCGUCUGGAGACACGUGUCAGUAUUUAAUGAUUGGUGUCCACACCCGAGAGAUUUAAGGCCAAAUGAUUUAUUUGAAGUAUUUAAUUUAUUCUUCAUAAAAUGCACAGACGAAAAUGGGGGGAACAUUUUUCGAGACUUACAGAUCUUUUCAUUUUUCCCAAAUGCCAAUUAUUCACCUUGGGAUUGCUAUGAGAUGUUGUGAUGUAGUAAACGGCAUUUCUACUCUAGGGAUGGGCAUUUGACUAAACGUCGGGAAUUGGGAAAAUGAUCGAUUAUUCGACUUUCAGUCAUAUCCAAAUUAUUUUUAAUAGGAUGGAAGAUCCUGAAUGUUCUGAACUCCGGUUUCUAUUGUCAGUUUUGUAUUGAGCCGAGUCAUGCCGCUCAGAAGAGGUCUGCUCAGGCCUUAGCUGACGUCGUGUUGGUCUUCUUAAGCCAGCAGACUAGUUGAGAAUGAAUCAACAACAGUGCCUCUGCUGGUUGCAGCCAAGUAGUGCACGCCAUUUUACCUCAAUUGCUUUAAGACAGGUUCAUCUACAAAUUCAGUUAAACGAUUAACAUGCCCAUCCCUAACCUCUUUCUUUCUCUUUGGAAUUUCAGCUUGGUGAUCUCUCAGCAUUCACACACAAAAAGUGAAGCCUGGACGACUGCAAAAGGAGCAAAAACAUAAAAUUGCACUAAAACCGUGUAACGUCACAGAGAAUAAAGCUGUAAAAUACCAACACUUUUACGAGGAAUGCAAAUUGUAAUCGUACAAGUAUAAAGUCACCAUUUUAACUAGUGAAUGUCAGUAUUCCCACAUGACUCUAAACGCAAUCCAAAAGCACUUGGAGACCAGCAGCCACUGUCGCUCUAUAUCAAAGGUGUCCAAAGUGCGGCCCGGGGGCUAUUUGCGGACCGUGGCUGUUUUUUUUACUGGCCCGCGAAACACCGUAACAAAAACAAGCAAACCAAAAAAAACAGCAGCUGCAAAAAUGGAAAAAUUAGCAUCAAUUUUACAAGAAUAAAGUGAAAAUAUUAAUAGAAAAAUAUGUAAUACAACGGGAAAACGUCAUAAUUUUGAAAUAGUUAAAAUGAUAAAGAAUUUUUUUUUUGUUAAAGUCAUAAUAUUAUGAAAAACGAACAAAACAAAAAAUAAAGUUGUAAUUUUUGGGAAAAUCAGGUUGCGAAAAAAGUUAUAUUGUCACAAUAUUUUGGGUCAUAGAUACAAGACGAAAAUUUACAAAAUAACAAUCAAAAAAGUAAAAAAAAAACAACAAAAAAACAGGAAAAAUGAAAAAAAAAACCUGCUGUAAUUUUACAAAAAUAAACACGUAGCAUUAUGAGGAAAAAUAAUGUCAUUUUAGUAGCACAGAGUUGAAAUAUUAAAGAAAGAAUUUGCUAUUUAUUUGUAAGUCGUAAUAUUAUGACAAACAAUCUAAAGUUGUAAUUUUUUGAAAAAGUUUGAAUAUUAUGGGAAUAAAAUCAUGUUACAGAAAUAAAAAUGACCAAGAUUAUUUAAGAAGACAGUUAAAAUAUUUGGAAAAUUAAAAAACAGCAAAAAUGGGGAAAAAAAGAGCAAAGAGCAAAAUUGAUACCAAUAAUAUGCUACAUGUCACAAAGCCGAGAUGCAUUUUUUUUUCCUGAAAUAUAAAUAACUUCUUAGCAUAUCUACAUGUGUUGCUUUACAAAAUAUCUAUGUGGCCCUCGCUGGAAAAAGUUUGGACACCCGUGCUCUAUACAAAUCAGGUAAUAUCAUUAAACAUGUUAAAACAUUUGCGGUCAGACGACUGAACAACAAAGGAUUGUGUCCAGUUGUUUCUCAGGAACAGAAGCUUACAUGAUCACAUGAGAGUGGUUAUCCGAUGAUGGGGUCGCUGUGACAAAACAUGACAAAAAUGUAUACUAAGGUGUAACCUGACAACAUCCUCAAUGGCUCUUUGGUAUUCCAGCACACCGUGACCUGUUGAAGGACAUUUAAAAUGUGCGGCAUGCAUCCCUGCCUCGCUGUGGUUCUGUCCGUCUGAUCCGAAGGCUUCUCUCGGUAAUCUACUCAGUGAAGAGGAGCUCUACGUGCUCUAUCUACAGUAUCAACCUACUUACUGGGAGGCCAGAUGUGUUGUCAGCCUGUUGUCUCACGGUCUGGCCUCCAUGUCAGAGGGAUUACCACACACUGGUGCAGCACGGGCAAAACACAAACCUUCCACUUCACUCCAGGGCUUCCUCUCGCAACAUUUUGGCUCUAAAAUAAAAGAGUGCAAUCAUUCAUCCAGCUAGCUACUACUUGUGUGUGAAUGCUGAGAGGUAAGUAUGAGUGCUAAAGGCGGUUACGCAUUGAAAAUUGUGUGAAUGCUGGGAGAAAAGCACUGUACACUAAUGACUCUCGCUCUGUGUUGAAAAAAUGUAGCACCAAUCAAAAGUUUGGAUACACCCUCUCAUGUGAUAACACGGGAAAGCAUCUAAACCUUUGACGGGUACUGCAAAUUAUUAUUAUUAUCACAAAACAUUUUUUUUAGCUUAAUUGCAUUGUUAAAGGGUUUUUUCACACUUUUGCGUUCUUGGAAUGUGUUCUAAAGAUUAAAGGUGAGAUUUGUGGGCACCUAAGGUCAUCUUCGCAUGGUAUCUGGGGAUUGCUGCGACAUGCCGUCAUGUCUUUGCAAGCGUCCCCUUUUCAUUUCUCUCAGCAUUCACAUGUUUUUAUCGCAAAACUUUUCCAUUUCUUGUUUAUUUUCACUUGAUGAACACAUGGAAAUAAUUUACUUUUCCCACCUGAAGAGAUUAAUCAAAAAGUUCAGCUUUGUACUUUCAGUUUUUUUUUUUGGCAGCUCCCCUAAGAAAACUCUAAAACAAAAUCAUCACUACAUCCGUUUUUCUUUUGUUAAGUCUGCGUUGCCUCAAUUGUUGUAAAUGGUGUACAGUUUGGCUAUGUAUUGAUGGUCUUGUUUGAUGAGUGCUAUUUAUUAUUAUUAUUACUGUUGCCAUGUGUCUUUGCAAAAGAUGUAAAGGAGAGCACUGAAAUGAUUCAUUUAUGCCUUCUGUGUAAUGAUAUGGACUGUGUACAUUCAAAUCUAUAUGAGGAAAAUAAAGCUGGAUUGUCUUUUGGGUUAAAGACCGGCUGCUCAGCAGGUUUUGUUCAAUAGAUAUAUAAAUAUAUGCGCUGUAGGUGUUUGUGUUAUUUUUGCCUUAUCGAAACGCUCUUUAGAGAGAGUUAACCCGCAAAUUCAUUUAGCCAUUGAGAGCAUUUACCACACACUUAGGGCUCUAUUCAAUUGUGGGGAUCCAUUUAG